AUGCCGUUGCAUUUUCUGAUGUUCCCAGGGCGUGUCCAUGGUGCUUUCUCGGCAGCGAGUGCUGAGCACGAUGGAAAACAGAUCAUUCCUGACCCACCCCUUUCGGCUUCACUGAAGUUGAAAUACUUUCUGACCACUUGCCUGGAAGAGUGCAGAUUCAACAUUACACAAGAGGUUCGACACCAUUUAGAGACAGUGCGGCUGAGACUUGAGAAUGGGGGCAGUCCUUGUGCUGGUCGAGUGGGGAUUCACUACGAUCGGCUGUGGGGGACUGUGGAUGAUGAUAAAUGGGACCUUCUGGAUGCUUCUGUUGUUUGUCGGGAGCUGGACUGUGGGAGUGCGGUCUCUGCCCCAAGGCAGGCUUACUUUGGAGAAGGAUCCGGACCCAUUAUGACCUGGAACUUUGAGUGCAAUGGGACCGAGCGCGCUCUGCGGGACUGUCAAUCAGAGAGAUGGGGUCACUACACCGCGUCAUACACCAACAAUGCUGGUGUCAUCUGCUCAGACCACAUCCUUCCGAGAUUGGUGCCUGGAAGUGCCGAAUGCUUCGGCAGUCUCGAAGUACAGUUCGGUGACACCUGGAAAACAGUGUGUGGCCUUGACUGGGAUUUGAAAAACGCCAACGUGGUCUGUGCACAGCUUCAUUGUGGGGUCGCCGUGUCUGUGUCAAGCUCUGCUCAUUCGGGAGGAGGUAAUGUGCUCAUGGCAUCUGAGGUCAUUCAAUGUACGGGCAACGAGACUCAUCUGGGGAAGUGCCCUCGGUCUCCAGCCAAUCACCAGGAUUGCAGUGUACACAACAAUGUCACCCUGAUAUGUUCUGGCAGACCUGUCGACACUCAGGCCAAUAGCACAGAGACGGUGAGUCUGAGACUGGAGAAUGGGGACAGUCCUUGCGCUGGCCGAGUGGAGAUUCACUUCAUGAGUCUGUGGGGGACUGUGCAUGAUGAUUAUUGGGACAUGGAUACUGCUACUGUUGUGUGUCGGGAGCUGGACUGUGGGAUCGCGCUUUCUGCCCCACUUGGGCCUCACUUUGGAGAAGGAUCUGGACCCAUUGUAACUGGAGGGUUUUGGUGCAAGGGGACAGAACGCACUCUGCAGGACUGUCCGUCAUAUGAAUGGGGUCACUACACCAAUCCACAUUCCAAUGAUGCUGGUGUCAUCUGUUCAGAGCAAGUCAUGUUAGUGCCUGAAAAUUCUCAAUGCCACGGAAGACUGGAAGUCCUGUUUGAAGACACCUGGAAAACAGUGUGUGGUCUUGACUGGGAUUUGAAAAACGCCAAUGUGGUCUGUGCGCAGCUUCAUUGUGGAGCGGCCGUGUCUGUCUCAAGCUCUGCUCAUUCUGGAGGCAGUACUGUGCUCAUGGGAUCGAAAGUCUUUGAAUGUACGGGCAACGAGACUCAACUGGGGAAUUGUCGUCGGUCUUCAACAACUCACUUCGAUUGCAAUAGACACAACAAUGUCACCCUGAUCUGUUCCGGAAACCAUGGGCCCCGAUUGGUUGGUGGGAAGAACAGGUGCUCUGGGCGAGUGGAGGUCCUGCACGGGGAGCAGUGGGGAACACUGUGUGGUGAUUUCUUUGACUCAAAAACCGCCAGUGUUGUCUGUGAGCACCUUCAAUGUGGGACUGUCAAGUCGAUCCACAGAGAUGAUCGAUUUGGGAGGGGAGCCGGACCAGUGUGGACGUAUCAGUACAAUUGCCAUGGAAAUGCGAGACGAUUGUGGGACUGUCCAAUUUCACAGGGGGAAAUGUUCAACUGCUCCCAUGGAAAUAUCGCCAAUGUCAUCUGCUCGGGUGUGUCUGAUGAUAGUUGGUCACCAAGGCUGGUGAAUGGGAGAAACCGCUGUGAUGGCCAAGUUGAGGUUUACUACAAUGGAAGCUGGGGAAGAGUGCAGGACUCCCUGUGGGAUCUGAAUGCUGCUCAUGUUGUGUGCAGACAGCUGGGAUGUGGUUAUGCUUUGGAAACGCAUAACUCUUCAAACUACGUGGAUAGCAAUGAACGUCCUUUGAUGCAUGGUAUCCAGUGUCACGGACAGGAAUCACAGAUCCGAGAUUGCAACAUCUCCAAUUCUUUGAAAUCGUCUGUGACUGACAGGGGGGGCGUAGGCAUCCUCUGUUCAGAACAUAUCCAAUUAAGGCUGUCAGAUGGAGGAACCCGUUGUGCUGGUCGAUUGGAAAUUUACUACAAAGGGACAUGGGGAUCAGUUUGUGAUGACUCCUGGGAUGUGAGGGACGCUGAAGUGGUUUGUAAACAACUGGGUUGUGGAGGUGCACUGGAAAGGGCCCUCCCUUCCUCCUGCGGGCCGGGCACAGGGCCAGUUUGGUUGAAAGACGUGAACUGUUCUGGAAACGAAUCAUUUCUCUGGGAAUGCCCUUCAGCACCAUUCGGUCAGCAAGACGACUGUUCUCAUAAAGAGGACGUAAGAAUAAUGUGCUCGGGUGAGGAAACUCUCAAUGGUAUGCGGCUGGUGAAUGGAAAGCAUCGGUGCGAGGGAAGAGUGGAAGUGUUCUACAAUGAGGCCUGGGGAACAGUGUGCUCAGAAAGUCUGGACUUCCACGAUGGGGAAGUGAUUUGUAAACAGUUGCAGUGCGGUGCUCUCCAGUCCAUUGAUUAUUACACUCAGUUAUUCGGAGCAGGAACGGGACCUAUUUGGCUCGAUGAAGUGGAGUGCCUGUCACACGAGCCAACCCUGUGGCAAUGUAAGAGAAAUCCGUGGGGUCAACACAACUGCGAACACAGGGAAGAUGCAGGCGUGGUUUGUUCAGGUAAAACAACAAAUCUCAAAUUUCGGUUGUCAUUUCAAAAACAGAUUUCCAAUGGAGUCAACAUGUUCUUCCUCUUCACAGAGACCAACGCAACAAAGGAGCAGUCCCUCAAUUCAAGUUCUUGCCAUCAGCAAGCAGGACAGGCAAGGGCAUCUAUUUCCAUACCUGGCAUCAUCUGCUUAACGUUGGCAGUCCUGUUAAUCUGUGAUGUGAUCGCGCUGCUGGUCGUAAUGCAGAGAAAAUAUCAAAGGAAAGGCCGUUACACUGGUGGCUCAAGCCUUGGUUUGUAUCAAGGAAUUUAUGAAGAAAUUGCGGACAUUCCCCCUGUCAAGCAGACUUCUGAGAAACAUGGGCCAGUCAUUUCUGCUUCCGUUGGCUCAGUUAAUCGCAUCGAAUACUACACCAGCCAUGGCUUCGGUGACAAUAAUCUGGGAUCAGAUGAUCUCGAGGUGAACGCCAACAGAAAUUGGGCUCCGGUUCAGGGCCAUUACGAUGACAUUGAGACUGAAUCUCAGGAUGGUCAGUCACAAUUGGAAAGUAAUGCUGAUGAAUCCCUCGCACUGACAAAUGCUGACGAUGGUCUUUGUUCACUCGAGGAAUUUCGUCUGAGACUUGAGAAUGGGAGCACUCGUUGUGCUGGUCGAUUGGAGAUUGAAUUCCGUGGACAGCGGAUUACUGUCAAUGCUAAUGAUUGGGACCUUACGGAUGCUACUGUUGUUUGUCGGCAGCUGAACUGUGGGUCCGCUGUGUCUGCCCUCGGUGGGGCUCACUUUGGACCAGGAUCAGGACCUAUUGAACCUUGGCCAUUUGAGUGCAAUGGUACGGAACACAAUAUGUUUGAAUGUCCACCGAGGCUCAUUGCUAACUCCAACACUUCACACGACGAUGAUAUUGGUGUCAUCUGUUCAGGCCACGUCAUUCCGAGGUUGGUCCCUGAUUAG